GGUGCUAUCUUUGGAGGGGGUUUCAUGGCUAUGAUCCCAGACGUUCUCGGAAGGAAGCAACUUCUUUUCUUCACAACGUUAGCUAUGUCAAUCACUGGAAUCUCUAUUACCUUCUCCUUCAGCAUAUGGACGUAUGUGUUUGUUCUGAUAAGCGAGGGAGUUUCGACCAAGUGGAGGCCUAGAGCUACUAUGAUUCCGUUUGUUCUGUUUGUGUUAGGCUUCAUGUCGCUGUCUGGAAUCUCCUACCUUGUCCGACAUGCUUCCUGGAGAGUUGUCUAUCUCUGCACUUCUGUUCCCGCGGCUGUCUACUGUAUUUUCCUCUAUUUGUUCGCCAUUGAGUCUCCUCGUUGGCUCCAUUUGCAAGGGAAGAACGAAGAAGCCAUUGAAGUGCUUAAGAAGAUUUCACCUGCAAAGAAAGGUUACUUGGGAUCAGUAUCUAUUUGCUUACCUUCAGAAGAAACCCUAGAAGAGGCUCAAAGGUACUCGCUCAAGGACUUGUUCAUCUGAAAAUGGGAUUUUCCAAGAACGUUGGUUAUUAUGAUCAUAAUGCUAGGGCCAGGGUUGUCGUAUUACGGAGUUCCAUUAGCCGUAAGAGACAAAGUGAAUAUCUACUUGAGCGAAGCCCUAAACGCAAUGGUGGAGUUACCACCAAUCUUUUUAGAGAAGUUCAGCAGAAGAAGCUCUGUGGUUGUGAAUUGCUUAAUCGGUGGAGCAUCAGGAGUGCUCUGUUUCGCCCUGAGCAUUUUCGGGAUGACAAACACUGCUUUCGCUCUCGAACUCGUCUUCUUUUGCGGGAGGAUUCAGUUCAACUUGAUGGCGGUUUAUAUGGUUGAGCUGUUCCCAACAUGCGUGAGGAACACAACAACAUUGAUGCUUAGACAAGCGCUUGUUGUCGCAGGAGCUUGUUCUCCAAUCAUUGCUUAUUGGAAGAGAUGUUCCAUCACUCUCUUUCGCGGUUUCGGGCUAGCAAUGGCGGGUUUCGGAUUAUUUGCUUUGCUUCUUCCUGAGACUAAAGGGUCCAGUCUUUGCGAUACAAUGGAAGCACAAGAAGAGAGAGGCCGAGCCUUGAAUACUAGCCAAAGUUGCUUAAAAUAGAGUCUCACAAAACUCUGUUCUUUUUAUUGUUUAGGGUUGUAACUGAAUAUAUCAGUUUAGCUCCUAUUAAACAAACCAUCUUUGAUUUUCCAUGUAUUUCUUAUGUUAAAGUGAAACCUACAAUGUUAUAUCUUAAUAAACCGAACCGUUUCGACCAUUAACAGAC